AUGGACUAUCUGAGGACUCUGGGCUCUGCGGCGGUAUCAUCUUUGGUUCAGAAAUCCGGACUUACGCUGCCGUUUUCUCUGGGUAGCAAGGUCACUUCCUUUGAGAACAGGACAAUAUGGUCGCUAUACGAUGGCACGAAGCGGGAGGAUGGUUCCGCUGUGUCUGUAUUCGAGUUUGAGGCGAAUACUCCCGCGAAGAAGAACCUCCUUCCACUGGCAAAGAAUGCCGUUCGCAAGCUGCGGACCGUGCGGCAUCCAGAUGUACUAAAGUUCAUGGAGGUCGUCGAAACCGAUACGACUAUUCACGUCAUGACCGAACGCGUUCGCCCACUGGGACCUGCGAUCCACGAGUGGCAAACCAAGGGUGCUCUGGAACGAGAGGCAUGGCUCAUCUGGGGCCUACACCGUAUUUCGGUCUCCCUGGCAUUCCUGAACGAAUCCGCUGCCUCCGCUCAUGGUAACGUACGCGUGGAUUCCAUAUUCAUCUCAUCAUCCGGAGAGUGGAAGCUCGGCGGAUUUGAUGUACUGAGCAACCCGAAAGACGAUGCUGCCGUCCUCUAUAACCUGGGUAGCAUGCUCCCAGAUGCAUCGACAUACUCUCCGCCAGAAGUGAAGAAGGGUGGCUUUUCCGCUCUGAAGGAGCUACCACCGGCCGCGGCGGACGCAUACGGCCUGGGUCUCCUCAUACACUUCGCGUUCAAUGCAAACCAAGGACCCCCUGCGACAGCGCAACCCCCACAUCCGCCACCAACUGCAGCUUCCAGAGGCGCGAUUCCCACCACGAUAUUCCCCGCGUACAAGAAGCUCCUUAACCCCAAUCCCAAAGCGCGAUUAUCACCGGCUCAUUUCCUUGAGCUAGGCAUGUCCCAAACAGCGGGCGAAGGCUCAGGCUUCUUCGCCAGCAACCGACUCGUCAAGGUUUGUGCUGGGCUAGAUGGAUUCAACGUCGCUAGCGAGGGCGAGAAAGCUUCGCUGCUCAAGACGCUGAAGGAAUCAGCAUCCUCGUUCCCGACAGAAUUUACCUCAUAUCGCGUUCUCCCGGCGUUGAUAUCUGCGCUUGACUUUGGCGGUGCUUCUGCAGCGACGAUCUUGCCUUUGGUUCUGCAAUUCGGGAAGAACGUGCCGCCAGAAGACUAUCCGAACGUUAUCCUGACGCACUUGGUAAAGCUAUAUACCAGCCCGGAUAGAGGGACACGAAUGGCGCUGCUCGAUCAUCUACCCGAAUACGCCGACAAGCUGGACAAGAAGACAGUCGUCGAUAAGAUCUGGCCGAACUUACAAACUGGGUUCACCGACACUGUCGCGCUCAUUCGUGAAGCGACGGUCAAGUCGAUCAUCCUUCUAUCGGACAAGUUCAACGAGCGAAUCAUGAACAACGACCUCCUUCGCCAUCUCGCGCGCAUGCAAGCGGAUCCCGAGGCGUCAAUCCGCACGAACACCUGCAUCCUCAUCGGACGCCUUGGCCCGUCGCUCGGAUACAACACGAAACGGAAGGUGCUUGUUCCCGCGUUCGCACGCGCGCUGAAGGAUCCCUUCGUGCAUGCGCGCGUCGCGGGCCUGAUGGCGUUCAUGGCGACUAUCGAGUGCUUCGACGUCGAGGAGAUGGCGACCAAGGUCAUUCCGAACAUAGCUUUCACGAUGAUCGACAAGGAGAAGCUGGUGCGGGAUCAGGCAUUCAAAGCUAUGGAGCUGUUCAUGAAGAAAGUCGAAGAGCAUGCGGCUACCAUGCCCGAGACCGCUGCCCCUGAGACAGAACUAAUCCCUGGCGGCAUGCUGCCUCUCAACGCAACAUCAAACACGCUUGUCAACAACGCUGCAGGUGCGGCUGGUGCAUUGGCAGGAUGGGCCAUCUCGUCAAUAGGCAAGAAGCUCGCUGCGGGCGACCUCCAGACCACCAUGGCCUCCGCAGCGGGGGCCGCAAUCGACCGCCCAACAUCUGCGCCGGUCCCGAUGGGCGUGAAUGGUGGUCUGAGUGGGAGCCUCCUCGCAGCGGCGGUGCCGCCACCCCUUACGCCUACGUUCUCCUCCCCCACGGGUGUGCCCACGCGCUCGCUGACCACAGCGUCAGCGGCCACGAGCCGAAGCAAGGGCAUGCAGCUGGGCGCGACGAAGGUGCCGUCCAACAUAUCGUCCAUCCCCGACUGGGCAGAAGAGGCAGCUGCAGCGGUCGAGACGCAAGGCGCAAGCCCGUGGGGAAAUGAUGAUCUCAUGGAUGUCAACGCCGAUGAAGACGACUGGAGUGAGACCUUCGUUGGCCCUUAA